AUUAUGCGAUAUUACGUUGGUAUGACCAUCGACAGAAAAAAUAUGUAUUUGUUAUAUAGAGAGGAUGUCGGAUAAUGCGGUUUCAUUUGUCGGGUCCAUUUGGUUGGAGAAGUAUGACUGAACGUCUGUCGGCUUUUUAUGUCGAUAAAGUAUGAAGGUUGUUAGUUAUGUUGUACGUCGUGUGUCGGGACCACUUAGCCCGGUGCUAAAUGAAGUCGUUGCCGAAAAAAUAAACAGCGAACAAAACAGACGACAAAAAGUCUCGAAAUAUCGAUUAAGACAUGGCUUCUAUAUACGGAGACUUAAUUUUUAACGUUGAUAGUGGAUAUUUGGAAGGUUUGGUUCGAGGUUUCAGAUCUGGGAUUCUUACAAGAACUGAUUACCUUAAUCUUAUCCAAUGUGAAACACUGGAAGAUUUGAAGUUGCAUCUGCAAAGCACAGACUAUGGCAACUUCUUAGCUAAUGAAGCCGGCCCUCUCACUGUAUCUGUUAUUGAUGAAAAACUUCGGGAAAAAUUGGUAGUUGAAUUCAAUCAUUUAAGGAACCAGGCAGUGGAACCUCUAGCAACAUUUAUGGAUUUUAUUACUUACAGUUACAUGAUUGAUAAUAUUAUACUACUUAUUACUGGUACGUUACAUCAGCGAUCAAUAGCAGAACUCAUCCCGAAAUGUCAUCCACUUGGAAAGUUCCCAGAAAUGGCAUCAAUCAAUAUUGCAUCAACACCAGCAGAACUGUACAAUGCUGUACUUGUGGAUACACCUCUUGCUGAUUUUUUCAAUGACUGUAUAUCAGAACAGGACUUGGAUGAAAUGAAUAUUGAAAUAAUUAGAAACUCUCUGUAUAAGUCCUACUUGGAGUCAUUUUCAAAAUUUUGUGAUGGUUUGGGUGGAUCAAACGCAGAUGUAAUGUCAUCCAUUUUACAGUUUGAAGCUGACAGGAGAGCUAUCAUGAUCACCAUCAAUUCAUUUGGUACUGAACUUAAUAAAGACGAUCGUGCAAAAUUAUUCCCCAAAUGUGGAAAGCUUUAUCCUGAUGGCCUCGCAAGACUUGCAAAAGCUGAUGAUUAUGACCAAGUGAGACAAGUUGCUGACUGUUAUGCGAAUUAUCAAGUGUUGUUUGAAGGGACUGGUGUCAAUCCUGGUGAUAAAACACUCGAAGAUAAAUUCUUUGAAUACGAGGUGAAGUUAAACGUGAACGCGUUCAUGCAGCAGUUUCACUUUGGUGUGUUUUACGCUUACGUUAAAUUGAAAGAACAGGAGUGUCGUAACAUCGUGUGGAUUGCGGAGUGCAUCUCGCAACGUAAUAAAUCCAAAAUCGAUAACUACAUUAAUAUUUUUGAAUAAAUUUACUAGCCUCGGCUUUGUAUAUCACAUUUAAUAUUAACUAGACUGCGAACCACUCUGUUUCUUAUUAUAACAAAACUUAAAUCCUCUAGCUAGAGUAUUAUGCAAUCCUAUGGUUUGUUCUUUCUUAGUAAAACGAUCUUAAAAUGAUAUAAAGUCACGUGAGUUUAGCUUAAUAACUUAAUAUCACGUGUUUGUUAUUUUUUUAUUUUUACAUAAAUUUCCCGCGUAAUAUGAAAAAUUAAUUUGAAUUUUAUAAUGUUUUUGUUUAGCCAUUGAAUAAAGAGCUGUUUAGAUGUUUGUAUAAGAAAAGAGAUUCGUAACUUUCUUCUGUCGUUCUGUUAGAAAAACGAGUUUACAUUUUUUGGUUGGUUUUGUUAGGUUUCUCCUUUUCACUAUACACACACGACUGAAAAAUUAUUGAAAUUUAUUUUAACUGAAGCCUAACUUCCACCGAGUAGCAACCUAGCCACGGAGGUAUAUUCGUGAUGGCUGUCCAAAAAAAAAUAAUUUGGUGGAAGAUUGUCUCCAGUUAUGCAGUGCAAUUAUUUUUUAUAAUGUAUUUAAUUUAAGAAUAUAUAUCGACAAGUCUCCUGCAUCUUUUGCAAUGAAAUAAAGGAUGUUGCAUUUGA